AUGCCUCGAGGGCUAGAAUUUCUGCUCUCCAGCAGGCUCUCCCGGAACUUUAAGCAGCGAGCCCUCGGAUUGGUUGGGAGCAGCCUCCCAGGCUGGAUUCUUAUUGGCCUAGACGCGGCGGAAGAAGGCGGAACUGGGAAGCCAAGGCACCAUCACGUGGGUAACGGACGUUCUCGUGGCAUGGAUGAGGCAACCCGGAGGAAACCCCGCCUGGCAGCCUCUCUGCAGAUGUCUCCUGGCCCUACCCUGGGCCCCAUUCCCUGGAGACCCUUGGAAGGUUCUGGACAGGUCUCCUCAGACGUCCAACUCUCCCAAGCAGAACCCCUUAAGGGAGAAGAGAAGAAGAAGAAAGUUGGAAAUGAGGCAGCUGGGGAUGGGCCACUCUCAGAUCCUCCCACUGUGGUCAGGGAGCUGAUCCUAGGACACAAAGACCCCCCUCCAGGCCAGGCCCUGAGCCUCCUCACUCGAUAUGCAGUGGGCACAGGCCUUACCCUGCGCUUUGUAGAGAAUGAGGUCCAAGUCCCCUUCCGACACUUCUCUGUCUGCGCUGUGCUGGAUGAGAUGUCUUGUCCUGAGGGCACAGGUAGCAGCAAGAAGGAGGCAAAGGGGCAGGCAGCCAUUCUUGCUCUCAACUGGGUCAGGACUCAGCUGGAGAACCCAGUGUGCUACAUGAGGAAAGGGAAGAGGGGGGAUGGGGUAAAAGACUCUGAGGGUCCUUCCUCUCCUCUCCCUACUCUUCCUCUAGAGAACAUUCUGACCCAUGAGCAGCGUUGUGCAGCCGUGGUGAGCUCUGGAUUUGACCGCCUGAUAGGGGAAAACUCACCUUACCGAGGCUGCAAACGGAAUAUAGCAGCUGUCAUCCUUGAAAGGGAGGUGCCAGAUGAUAAGGGUGGCUGCAGGGAGACCUAUGAGCUGGUUGCUCUAGGGACUGGUUCAGGUGGCUACAGGGGCUGGAUUGAGUUUAUGGGCCGAAGACUCCAUGACACACACAGCUUGGUCAUUGCUCGUCGUGCCUUGGUCAGGUUCCUGUUCCGACAGCUCUUGCUGGUGGCUAGUGGGGGCCCAGAGGGAGCAGAACGAUCAGUGCUGACUGCUCGGCCUGGCCCUGGUCCUCCUCUUGCCCUGAAACCCAAAAUCUUCUUACACUUCUAUCUCAGUGACACUCCUGCGGGUGCUGCCCAUGACAUCUACCUCCCUUCUUCAGGGGGUUCGCUCCAUAGCCCCUCCCUUCGUCUUCAAGUCCAUGCCCGGGGAGAGCUUCGUCCCGUCUGUUACUUGGACCCAGGAUUCCGGGCAGCCCGGGUCUGUUCACUGUCAGCCAGUGACAAAGUGGCUCGAUGGGCAGUGCUGGGACUGGGAGGGGGCCUGCUGGCCCACUUCCUGCCCCCACUCUAUGCAACCAGCCUUGUCCUUGCUGACUCCUGCCAUGACCCCUCCACACUGAGCCGAGUCAUCCAUGACAGGCCCUGCCUUGAGGGGGGACCAGGUCUGCCACCUCCCUAUGCCCGUAAUCCCUUGCACCUGUUUCUGGGACCACUUGUGGCUCCCCAGGAUCCUGCACCCUCCAACUGCCAGGGCCUCAGCCUCAAUUGGAGCCUAGGAGACACCAGCCUGGAGGUUGUGGACACAAACACAGGACGCGUGUGGUCAGAAGGUUCCUUGGGUCCUCCCUCCCGCCUCUGCAAGGCUGCUCUCCUUCGUGCUUUCCGUCAGGCGGCCAAAGCCCUGGGAAGACUUGAUCUUUUGGCACUGGACACAUAUGAGGUGGCCAAGGCAGGGACAUACCGUGCUGCUCGACAGGAGCUGACUGCUUACUUGGAACAGCAGGACUUGGGCUCUUGGCCCUCCAAGCCUCUGGUGGGUGGGUUCUGUCACUGA